CAUAAAUCAGUCUUACAAUGGAGAGUGGGGAUAACGUGGUAAUAACUUAUUCAAUAUUUUAAUUUAUGCAACAUGUGUUCAUGAAAAUGUUAAUGAAUUACAGGCACGUAUAUUUAAAAAAUGGUUUUAAUCGCCAGAAUGUUAAAUAGGUACAUAAUCAAUUUAACUUAUCCUCUGUGUAAGUCUGUAGCGCUUGAUAUGCGCCAAUUAAAACAAUAGACAAAAGACGAUAAACAAUUUGAACUUUGAAAUUCGAAGAUCAAAUUCGCAUUUUGAAAUGUUUCUUUGACAGUGACAUUUUACCUACUGUAUCUACUACGCAAGUCACAAAGUUUUAAAGUUCGAUUUCAAGAUGUUAAAACUAAGAAUAAUACCGCAAACCACAUCGAUUUUAAAACGAGCGAUGUGCACACAGGAACAAGAUGUUCUAUUUGAAAAUCUCAACAACGCUGGCAUUAUCACAUUAAACAGGCCAAAGGCUUUAAACUCCCUCAACACGUCCAUGGUAACUAAACUACUACAGCAACUACAAGAAUGGAUGAAUACAAAGAGUCUAGUCAUAAUAAAAGGUGCAGGCGAGAAGGCCUUCUGUGCGGGCGGAGAUGUCAAAGCAGCUAUAGACAAAGUCGAAGGGCCCAAAUUCUUCUACACAGAAUAUAAUGUUAACUACCUAAUUGGGAAGUAUAAGGUGCCUUAUAUUGCAUUUAUGAAUGGGAUCACUAUGGGCGGCGGUUUGGGAUUGUCGGUACAUGGUCGGUACAGGGUCGCUACAGAGAAGACCAUGAUAGCUAUGCCAGAAACAAAGAUUGGAUUGUACCCAGAUGUCGGAGGAUCAUAUUUCCUGCCACGGCUUCCUGUGAAUCUUGGACUGUAUUUGGGUUUGACUGGUGACAGAUUAAAAGGCAAAGAUGUAGUAAAGUCGGGUAUCGCCACCCACUUUGUACCUAGCAAGCGUCUCUAUGAACUAGAGAAGCUACUCUCUCGGUGUGCGAGCGAGGUGGAAGUCCAGUCCCUCCUGAACAAGUUCCACGAACCAGCCGAGGAUUUCACACUCGCACCGAACAUUAAACACAUCAAUUACUGCUUCGCCGCGUCUACUGUGGAGGAGAUUAUUGAAAGAUUGGAGAAGGUGCAGAAUGAGUGGUCUGUGAAGACUAUUGAGACGUUACACCAAAUGUGCCCGGGUUCGCUCAAGAUAACCCUUCGAGCGCUACAACGCGGCGCUCAGCUCGAUUUACCGCAGUGCUUGCGCAUGGAGUACCGCCUCUCAUGCCGACACACAACCGGACAUGACUUCCCUGAAGGUGUUCGUGCUCUACUCAUAGACAAGGACAACAGUCCAAAAUGGCAGCACAAAUCAUUAGCCGAGGUUGACGAAGAUUACGUCGAGGAGUACUUCAAGAAACUGCCUCAAGAUCAAGAAUUACAAUUCUUUGAUUCCAAAUUAUAGGCAUUUAAAAAAUCUUCCAAAUAUGCAUAAACUCAAUGUUACUCAUUAAGUGUUCUUAUCGGAACUUGGUCAUUAAAGAAAAAUAUUCUGAACUAACCAAAAGUUUUAUGAGCGUAUCGCGUGUAUCUGUGUCAAUAAAACUUCCAAACCAAUGAACCAAUUUAAGUAAGAUUUUUUCCAAUCGAAAGUCAGUUAUAAAAUUCGGCUUUAAGUACAAAUCAAACUUUAGUCUCGAAAAAAGAUUAAGCCUAAUAGCAGUGAUCUCAGGCAAUAUCUGUGAAUUACAAUUUUUUUUUCGCUAUAAUACAAUGUCGUAAAAAUCAAUAAAAUAACAGAUUUAAUAAUUUUUUUCGCAUUUAAAUAUUAAACAAAAAUGCAGCUUUGAUACAAUGAAUUUAAUUAUAGGUACUUAAAUACAAUUAUAUUUUCAUAUUUUUUUAAUUUAGUUCCUAAUACUGUUGUUAUAAGAACAAUUAUUGCACAUAAACCUUAAAAACGUUAAUCAUAUAGAAAUAAGCAUUAAAAAAAAUCACAAGACAAUAAAAUAUUUUUAUAUGAAUUUUUCUAUACAAUUAAUGUUAUUUGCCUAAAACUCAGAAUUGAUAUAUAUUUGAAAAAUUUAUUGGCUGUUUUUGGAAUUUAUUGUAUUUUAAUAUAUUGUAUAUCGUAUUUGCAUUUAUAUUGUAUAGACAUAGUAAUGAAGCCAUAUAAUCAGUCGGACUGAUCUUAUUAAAUGUUUUUUACGUA